CGUGAGACGGAGACCAGACCAGAGAAGUAAAACCAAAGCGGCGCACGCGACGCCUGAAACGGGGAGAGGAGAGAGAGCCGGUGAAGCGCGCGGCGAGCGGAGGCAGAGGGGCGCCGCGUUCGCCCGGUGAGAGAGACGAUGUCGUCCAUCGGCUCCUCUAACAUCGGCUUCCAGCUGCUGAAGAAAUCCGGGUGGAAGGAGGGCACCGGCCUCGGUGCGCAGGAGCAGGGGCGGUUGGAACCAGUAGAAACUCGUGUCGAGAACAACAAACGCGGUUUAGGUUCCAAAGAACCAAAGCCAAAGCCAAAGGUCGAGGAUGAUGUUGAAACAGCUCCUAGUAAAAGACCCAAGGACGCGCCGGCAACGAAGAAGGCAAAGUUGGCCGCAAAGAGGAUACGAAAGAUGCAGGAAGAGGAGAAGAGAGCACAAGAGAGGGAAUUCGAAAUUGCUUUCUUCAGGGAAUUUUGGCCUGAUAAUGUGUAAACCACAAACCUGACAGCGUUGCACCCGUUGGCAUCAGCUGAUAAUGCCAUUGUACAUCUUAUCGAUGCUUCUGCAGUUUGCAACUGCUGUUCACUGUUUCUGUCUUUGUUCUGGUCCAAGUGUUGCAUUUAUUCAGCUGUAGAUGUUUGUGCCCUGCAGAGAUAUGUUGUAGUAACUUGUAACAGACGUUCUUUGAUUGUAGAAAAUGUCACUUGGAUUUUUUA